GUGGUCACCUUCCCCAAAUCGGGCACCACCUGGGUCAGUGAGAUUGUGGACAUGAUCCUGCAAGGCGGCAAUGCCGAAAAAUGCAAGCGGGACAUUAUCACCAAGAGGGUGCCCAUGUUGGAGUUCUCCGCCCUCGGGGAGAUGCCGUCAGGGACAGACCUGCUGGCCACUAUGCCAUCGCCCCGUGUGGUGAAGACCCACUUGCCCACACAUAUCCUGCCCAAAUCCUUCUGGGAAAACCGCUGCAAGAUGAUCUAUGUGGGUCGCAACGCAAAGGAUGUGGCUGUCUCCUUCUACCACUUUGACCUGAUGAACAAGUUCCAGCCUCACCCUGGGACAUGGGCCCAGUAC